CCCAUCCAGCUGUCCCAUGGCAACGACUUUGACCGACGAGUACGCAACCUUUCUCGCUCUGCACGAGGCGCAACUGCGAGCCAUUGCCGUGCCCGAGCACUUGUGGCCAUCUCUGCAUCACAAGCUCAGCCAAGAGGAGUUCGAUGCAGGUGACUACUUCCAUCUGGCCAAAGACGAAGACGACGACUUGCAUGCUGUGGUGUUGCGGGAAAUCGAUCCGAACGACUCGAACGCGAUUUUCCUCGUCGACCACGCGUGGACAUUCACCACCGACAACAACAAGCCCCGCGAGAUGCUCACGACUGUUCCGUCGCUCAUCGGGCGCAUGGAAAACCUCAUGCGCAUCGACGUUCCCGAAGGCGCCGAUACCAACGCCCGUGUGAAUACCGUGCUCGACACGAUGUGGAAGUUCGUCAACUCGUAUCGUUUGGGCCACCUUAAGCCUGAGGAAGCGGGAACCAUUUGGUACGUCAUGGACGAAUUCGGGUCGGCCAUCGAGCACAGCGACGAACCCAACUUUAACAUGGCGCCGUUCUACUACGUCUCUGCUCAAUGCGCGUUCUCGCUACUUUGGCCAAAGGAAGCCAUCGAAGCCGACGACUUUGCCACGUUGAAUUACGUGCCCGCUCGAGACGAAGACACUCGCACGGCGUUGUGUGCGGCGCUAUUUUACCCGAAAGGCGAAGGAUAUGCAAGCGAGCUUGGCGCCAUUUGCUCCCGCCGCACCGCUGCGGCGGCUCACCACCACAACGAAACGCAAUUCAGUCGCGACAGCGAAUCGGUGCCGCCGACCAUGGACACUCUGCCGACAUCGGACGCGUUGCCGACGCCGAUUAAAAUCUGGACAGAUUUGAAGCUCAUGUACGAACACUUGACGGACCGUCGCUUUGAGUUUACCGACGUCGAAGCGGACGCCAACGUUGUGUGGCCGACGCGCCACAUCAAGGACUACGUUGCGCUGUACGAGAACCCGAACGUUCGAGUGUUCAACCAAUUCCCCAACGAAAAGGUCUUGACGUGCAAGGAUUUGCUGUACGAAACCUGUCGUCGUGCCAACAACAACCAACAGCCACCGUACAUGGCGCUAACGUUCAACAUGGAGACGGAGUUUCCCGAGUUGAUGCAAGAGUUUACCCGCCGCGACCAAGCGGGCCUGGACAACGUUUGGAUCUGCAAGCCAUGGAACCUCGCGCGGUCGCUCGACACGGAAAUUGCGACAACGGCGGCGCAGCUGGCCAAGCUCGCGCAAACGGGACCCAAAGUGGCGUGCAAGUACAUCACAAAGCCGUUUUUGAUCAAGCAGCGCAAGUUUGACUUUCGAUUCUUGGUUAUGCUGGUGGACACGGACCCUCUCCAGCUGUACGUGAGCGGCGUGUACUGGCUCCGCAUUGCGAACAAGCCGUUCAAGAUGGACCGAUUCGAUGACUUUGAGACGCACUUUACCGUGAUGAACUACACGGACUACGGCGUCGAGAUCAUCAGCGUCGAUGAGUUUGAGGCCCAGUUCAAAGCCGAGUACCCCACGGAAGACUGGGAGGCGGUGAAGGCGGACAUUUUCAAGUCGAUUCGGGCCAUGUUUGCAGCCGCGACGGCCAACCCGCCGCCCCUUGGUAGCAUGACCCCGUUUCUGUUGGCGUGAUGGGGCUCUGCAUGCUUCUCUAGGCCUGGGCAAGUCGAAAAAGUCGCGUGCGUUGUACGGCGUCGACGUGAUGUUGGAGUGGACCGACGACAACAAGAUUCACCCCGUGAUCCUCGAGACGAACUUUCACCCCGACUGCACGCGCGCGUGCAAGUACUUUAAGGACUUUUACAACGACUUGCUCAACGUGGUUGUGCUCAACAACACGGACGCAGUCGUCCACGGCGUCACCAAGCUGUGAUUUCAGUGGACUGGAUGAAUGCAGCGUCGACCAAAGCACACGUCGAGUGGCUUCGUUUGCACAUUAACGUUGUGAUGUGUCGAAAACAUUCCUUGCCUUAUUCCUCGUCCAUUUUUCUUAAGCGCAACAGCGAUCAGCGUGGGACUGCUGCAACGGCGCACUAAAGAUGUUGUAUCAUGGACGUGCAUGGAUAGCAUCCCAAGGUCCAAAAUGGAUCUUGCACACUGU